CAAAGAAAAUGGCGGCGCCCAUGAAAACUUUCGCGGGAAAGUUUGUAAUGCACAAAAAACACUGAAACUAUGGAUUGUUUGUAAAGAGUUUUUCUGUAGAUGUUCAGCUUUUACUAGAUUCAGAUAACUUCCUUGAUCAAGAUGAGUACAGCCGAGAUUGAGAACCAGCUGGAAGUCCUAAGUUGUCUCACGAGAGACGCAAAACAAAUCCUUCAAAAUGGAAAAGUUACAAAUCCUAACACCAUCCAGACAAGCCACCAGCUGCUGAAUCAGGCCAUUACGUUGGUCAAAGAGUUCCAGAUGUUGGCUGAGGAGUCGAUGCAAAGAGCACGGGACGAGGAGUUGAGGAAGAGUGCGCCGUCUGACUUGUGGCCUGAAGAGUCUUUCGAUCAGGUCGAUGGCGAAAUGUUGGACUUUGAAGACGAUAUCUUAGAGCCUACACCUGACAGACCGAAGCCCAAAGCAAGAGUGGCACUCCCGUUUGGUAAGCUGUCCGAAGAAGGCAACUCGACUCAGCAAGGGACAGAAGGCUGCGGCACAGCGUUCCAAGAGGACGAAACAAACGACUCACUCCUCAAAGACAAAACCCUCAGCCUAGAGGAGAAGAAGGAAACUGAAGACAUCAUGAACUAUCUUCAAGAUUUUGAAGAUGAUGAAGAUGAUAUCAAUGAGGAUAUGUUGCAGCAAUUUGAUGCAGUUUGUGCAGCUGCUGAUGAAGAGUCGUCCAGCCAAGAGUUGAAGAAUGAAGAGAGUGAUGACAGUGACACCGAUGAAGAAAAUUAUGACCCAUCUGUACCUCCACCUGAGCAGAAAUACAUUGACGUUUUAAAGACACAUUUCGGCCACGCGAGAUUCCGCCCAAUGCAGUGGAAGAUCAUUCAUUCAGUGCUAACCAGAAGAGACCAAUGCGUAGUCAUGGCAACAGGUUAUGGAAAGAGUCUGUGUUAUCAGUAUCCAGCAGUCUUCACUGGCGGUACCAGUCUAGUCAUCUCACCACUCAUCUCUCUUAUGGAAGAUCAAGUUUUUUCUCUCAGCAUAGCAAAUAUUAAGGCGUGUCUACUAGGUUCAGCUCAGUCAGCGAUGGGACGAAUCAAACAAGAAGUUCUUAACGGGGAUUAUCGAGUAGUAUAUCUUACCCCUGAGUUUGCUUCAGUAGCUCACGAGUUCUUGCGUGAUUUACAGCAAAGAGUUGGUAUUACUUUGGUGGCCAUUGAUGAGGCUCACUGUGUCUCACAGUGGGGUCAUGAUUUCAGGGCGGCCUACAGAACUCUGGGAGAAGUGAGGACAUUACUGCCUGGGGUUCCAUUUGUGGCGUUGACAGCCACAGCCACCCCAGAGAUUCGUAAGGAUAUCUGUAAAUCCUUGCGACUCAAAAAUCCUCAGGUGACCUGUACUAGUUUCGAUCGUCCCAAUCUGUACCUUGAGGUCAACAUGAAGGGAGAUAUAGCGAGUGAUCUGCAGUCACUCAUGGUAGAAACUCGCAAGUUGUACUAUGAAUUUGAUGGUCCCACCAUCAUUUAUUGCCCAACUAAGAAAGCAACGGAGAAAGUUGGAUCUGUUCUCAAACAGUUUGGUGUAAAGUCAGGAAUCUACCACGCUGGGUUGUCACCAAGUAUCAGAAAACAAACUCAUCAUAAGUUUGUAAGAGACGAGUUACAGUGUAUUGUAGCUACAGUAGCAUUUGGUAUGGGGAUUGACAAACCAGACGUCAGGAAUGUCGUCCACUAUGGAGCUCCCAAGGACAUAGAAUCCUACUACCAAGAGAUCGGUAGAGCUGGUAGGGACGGCAUGCCAAGCACCUGCUAUGUGUUCUAUGCACCAGGAGACUUUGCAACUAACAGGUUUUUCUUGAAGGAUAUCCAAAAUGCGGCUUUCAAGGCUCAUAAGAGUCGUAUGAUGCAGAAGAUGGAGCAGUAUCUUGUGUCAAUUAAAUGCAGACGACGCUCUAUUUUGUCUCAUUUCGAAGCCAAAGGAAAUAACGUCAGUGCUGUUAUGAAUACAGAUCAAUGCUGUGACAACUGCAAACACAAAGACUCUCCUUCAGGAGGCACGUUUGGAUCAGAUGAGAAAGAUUUCUCCAAGGAGCUUCAUCAUCUCUUGACGGCCAUCGAGGCAACGGGAGGAAGGUUUGGUCUCUCCGUACCAAUACUCUUCCUCAGAGGAUCGUUAAACCAGAGACUGCCGUCUCAUUGCCAAAAAUCCAAAGAGUUUGGCUGCGGAAAGUAUCAUCCAGAAAAAUGGUGGAAGUCCUUCGCACGCAUGGCAUUAACGGAAGGUUAUCUUGCUGAGAAGCAUUUGGUGGGAGGUUUUGGAUCAACAGUGGAGCUAUCAAGUAAAGGAUAUCGAUGGCUUAAAGAUGCCAAGUGUGGACAGAACAGCUCAUUCAAGAUGGUCCCUAAUAAGGAGAUGUUAUCAUUUGACAAGAAUGCCAUUGUCAAGCCGACCGUCCUCCCGCAGACUGCUGGGCCUCAGAUUUUACCCUCCGUUCAAGUCAGUAAUUGGAAACAAGUGUCUUACGAUGAUGUUGGCCCUGGGCCAAGUAUGAAAGCUGCACAGCCUAAAGUUGAUCUUAAGGAACAGCAAUUACAGGGUGUACUUUAUUCUAAACUCAUGAAUCUGAGAAACAGCUUAGCGGCAGAGAUGGGAGCAGCACCUUAUAUGGUCGCCAAUAACAAGAAUCUACACGACUUGGCAAUCAUCAGGCCAAGUUCGAAGCAGUCUCUACUGAAGAUAGAUGGUAUAGCUGAGGCUCGGGCAGAAAAGUUUGGUGCUCGGCUAAUCGAAGCGAUCUGUGAAUUUUGUAAAGAGAACAGUCUUAAGAUGGAUAACUUCCCUGCUACGGUACCAUCUCAUAUUGCUGAUAAUAAGAAAACUCAAGGUGUGGUGUUCCAGAGAAGCAGCAUCGUCCACCAGAUCUCCGAUACCGUCAGAGAAUCUUACAACUUGUACCACGAGAAGAAUAUGUCGCUGGGAGAGGUUGCGAAGGAGAGGAACCUGAAAGAGACCACCGUCGGCGGACAUCUUGCAGAAGCUAUCAAAGCGGGCUACCCUGUGAACUUUUCAAAACUUGGUGUAAGCCCGUCACUUCGUAAACAGAUUGAAGAUGUCAUUAGAUCACCACCUAUCAACUCUGAUAUAAGUCGCUUGGCACCAAUCAAGGCUUUGCUACCUGAGUCUGUGGACUGGUACCAGAUCAAGGUAGUCUUGGCCGUGUUACAAGUUCAAUAUGGUAUGCCAACAUCUACGGGUAGUAGUGACUCAGAUAAAAUGGUACCCGACAGGCCAACUACCAGUUCAUCAGAACAUUUCCGCUCACAGGCUGUGCCAUAUCGGUCACCCCUUCAGACACGACCAGUACCAGCGAGGUCAACCAACCCAGACCCUUCGGUCAGUCCGUUGGUCAGCCCCCUGAUGACCAAGAGCAAGUCCUAUCAUGGAGGGAUGAAUAGUGGUAGUCAGUCGACACAACAAAGUGGAACCAAACGGAAGCUACCCACCUGGCUUUUUGGGUCAGCCAAGAAAGGAAAGCUUAACAGCGGGACAGCAACCAAGAAAGCCAACAGUCUCUUUGCUAAACGAUAGUUCAGAGACUAACGCACCAAAGACACUGAUAAGAGCAAGUGCAAGUGUUCCGACUUGAACCCAGGCUGGUCGACUAUUGUUGACUACUGUGGUUGACCAUUUGGAACCAGCCUUAGGACCAUGGUUACUUCCACGGUCUCGAUAACCUGUUCCAUGCUAACACGUGUGAAGUGCAACGGGAACCAGUGACACUAUAGAGAAAAGGGGGAAGGCAAUGGAGUGUUGAGUAACGUGUUACCGAUGGUUGACUAGGCUUCCAAACGAGUCAUUCGAGUGAGUGCGUCAAAUGAGUGCACUCCAACUUGCUCUAAGGUGAAGUAACCAUAGAGUAUUCAUGGCAGACUUUCAGGCACACGAGGGCAGCCGUCGUAUUUCCAGUCUCGUUACUUUUGUACAAGUUAUUUUUCUACUAAAUUCCUUCAAAGGAAAUGGAAGAUGUAGAAAGUAGAAGUUUGCAUUCAUUUGUAUUCAAGGUUGUUGAUUUUACUUAAUAAGCAAAUAACAACAACCUAGUGUUAAAUUGUCUUAGGUUAGUGUUGGAAUUUUUUUUAAUUUUAAAUACAUGAGGUCAGAAAAAAAAACUCAGGUCAGGUCAGUUCCUAGUUUAUCAUUGCCGUUUAUUAAGUAAUCAAUUAGCAAUAAAUAAGACGAAUACUUCACAAAAUUGCACAGUUGGUAUAAAAAAUUUGUACAUACAAGACAAAUAAG